AUCUCCAACGUUGGUCUCGCAGAGCUGAUCAAUGAGGGGAUUUUGCGCCGGUUUCGUCAAGGAUACUUAUCAGCGGGAAGAAGAGAAAGAGAGUUCGAGGUACCUCGUCACGGCAGUCAGUCAUUCCGCCUUGAAGCCACAGCAAAAGCACGAGACCACAGCUGGUAGCUUGCCAAGUGCCACCGUCUGCUCCAUGCUGUCAUGGACUUGUAGGUUAACGAGACGAUAAAAUAUGAACUGUGUCCUGACAUGAAGCUGUAGCUCGAAUCCAUUCUUUGAGUAUCUUCGGUUUGUAAGAGGCUGCUAACCAUGGUUCAAGAUUGGAGAGGACUUGUCGCAAAGAAGCGUGCCGAGGUAGCGAAAGAAUUGCCUGAAGAAUGGAGGCUUUCAAAAGAUGUGUUGGACACGAUAAAUGCCAAUGCUGAUAUAGCAGUCCUUGACGUUCCCGCAAAAUGUGGUUUGCUGACCGCAAAAGAGCUUGAGAUUACUGAAAAGUACGAUGCGGUGGAUUUGGUUGCGAAGAUGUCAGCGAAAGAGCUGUCUUCUUCAGAAGUGACCCUCGCAUUUUGUAAAAGAGCUGCUGUCGCUCAUCAAGUGACCAAUUGCUUGACAGAAAUGUUCUUUCAAAAAGCUUUAGAGCGAGCCAGGUACCUCGACGAAUAUCUGGAAAAGGAAGGCAAACCGGUGGGCCCAUUGCAUGGAAUGCCUAUCAGUCUGAAGGAUUCGUUCAACCUCAAAGGCAUCAAUUCGACAAUUGGAUAUGUCUCGUUUAUAGACCGACCUCCGUCCGAAACCAAUUCUCCGCUUGUUGACAUCCUCUUGCAAAAUGGCGCCGUGCUGUAUGUCAAAACCAAUAUUCCCCAGACUCUGAUGACGGCAGACUCGGACAAUAAUGUGUUUGGGCGAGUGAUGAACCCUCACAAACUCAAGCUGAACGCUGGAGGCAGCAGCGGUGGUGAGGGAGCUCUUGUUGCUAUGCGUGGAUCCAUUCUGGGAGUGGGCACCGAUAUUGGAGGCUCGAUCCGUAUACCCGCCAUUUGCUGCGGAACUUUCGGCUUCAAACCAUCUGUCGGUCGAGUCCCGUUUGGUGGCCAAACAAACCCCGUCCUAGAUGGAUGGACUGGUAUAAUGCCAGUUGCAGGUCCGUUGGCACGAAGUCCUCGUGACCUGCGCCUUUUCUUGGAAGCUGUGAUCAAAACAAAACCCUGGGACUUUGACUAUACGGCUCUCGCCAUCCCCUGGCACCCAGUCCCGGAAAAGAAGACGCUCACAAUCGGUGUUGUCUUGGAAUGCCCUACCUGGCUGGUAGCACCCCCACAACUCCGAGCAAUGAAGACAGCCACAGACAAGUUGAAACAAGCCGGACACAAUGUUAUCAUGCUGGAAAAGUUCCCUUCGUUCAAAGAAGCGACUGAACUCUCCUGGGCAUUUUUCGACAUCGAUAACGAGAUGACCGGGUUCAAACAUAUUGAGGCGUCAGGAGAACCUAUGGUCACAUCGGUGGCAGACAUGUACACCCUUCCUCCAGAGGGCCGUAAAGUCAAGUCCCUAGGAGAUCUGCUCGACAUGAACGAGAAAUACCUGAAAUUCAGGCAAGAAUGGUUGAAGAUCUUCGUGGACAACAAAAUGGACGUCAUCCUUGCGCCAGGCGCACACAAGACUGCUGUACCUCACGAUACCUUUCGCUAUCCUCCAUAUACUGUCAUGUGGAACCUCCUUGCGUAUCCUGCUUGCAUUGUUCCGUACCUUAAGGCCGACAAGAGUAUUGAUCACGCAGAUCCGAGAAUUCCAGAAUAUGAUCCUGACAUUGUUGAUGGCGCACCAUGCAGCAUCCAAGUCAUCGCAAGAGGGGAACAAGACGAGGAAUUGAUGGCAGCCGUGGAGCUGGUCUCUAAAGCUAUUGGUCUUUGAUCAGUACAUGUUCGACGUGUUGUAGCA